ACAGCCACAGUGCAAGAUAUGUAUCAGAAGCUGAACGAUAUAUGGGAAGCCGAGGAGAAUAAGAAGCAAGAAUUAAUGGAAAAAUGCUAUACCAAUAUAUUCCCGGUGUAUUUACAAGGACUUGAAUGUGUAUUAAAGGAAAACAAUGGUGGCAAUGGAUUUUUUGUUGGCGAAAAGGUGACACUGGCUGAUUUAUCAUUUGCCGAUGUAAGCUACACGAUGGUGGAUUGGUGGUCAGAUGUUUUGAAAGAUUAUCCUAAGUUGAAUGCACUGAAGGAUCGUGUAGAGAGUCGACCACGAAUUGCUGAGUGGAUGAAGAAAAGGCCAGUGUGCGAUCUUUAAUAUUAGAUUUCAAUAAACGGUCAUACUGGGUU